UGCAAAAAGUUGUGAUCACUUCAUCAUAGAGUAUACCGUGUCUUGUUGCACGAAAUUGGUACAUCUUGGUCUUCUUCUUCUUCAGUCUCACAAAUCUUAUAACCACAUUGUACCCCCGUUGAGUAAAAGUUCCAAUUCCUUCUUCAAUUUGGUUUUACAUGAAAAUUUUAAUGUAGUCUUUUCACACUUUUAAAUAAUUAAUUUUCAUUUUAUUUUGAAAAAUUUAGUCAAAGGCCAGUUGCACAUAUAGAGAUUAAGGGGGCAGCCAUCCUAACUAAUUUCCCUUUUCUUUCUCGGUGUUAUGCUAAAAAUUGGGAACAUAUCAUCACCCCUAUGGCACCAAUUUAUCUUACGUUGCAGUGAUUUCUACUUAACUUGUUCAUCACCAAACUUGGAAGGUAGUAUAGGGUUAUAUUGGUGUUAAAACGGGCUUUAUACGUUGAAAUCGACUCCAUUUGUUUGUUGUGAAUGAUUUAAUUUGAACUUAGCUUCUUAUAAUUUAUUUUUUAUUUUUUCAGAAUUGUUGUUUCUUGAUGUUAAUCUUUCUCUAGCAACUGUGAUUUUUUCAACAGUAUUUCUCUUGAAUUUUUGAUGCCACUGUUUAUGGGUUUCCAUUGCCAUAAAAACUGGCUGCGGUGAAAUACCCGGGAUCAAAAGUGGAAUGGCCAGAAUGGAGUUACAGGCGAUAGGAUCUCCAAGGAAGGAGAAUUGAAGAAUUGUGGACUUAACAUACACCACACAGAAUCAGUGCAAGCCCACGUUAUUAAGCAAACACAGCAAGAGCAGCCUCGUGGGCCACGGGUUCUCUGGGACCGGUUUCUUCCUCUUGGGUCCCUCACGGUUCUACUUGUAGAAAAUGAUGAUUCAACUCAACAAGUUGUCAAAGCAUUACUUCGUAAUUGCGGCUAUGAAGUUACAGCUGUAGCAAAUGGCCUACAAGCAUGGAAAAUUUUGGAAGACAUAACAAAUCACAUUGAUCUAGUAUUGGCAGAGCUAUCUAUGCCACACUUGUCUGGCAUUGGUCUCUUAGCCAAGAUUAAGAACCAUAAAAUUUGCAAGAAUAUUCCCGUUAUUAUGAUGUCAGCUAAUGAUUCUAUGGGCAUAGUCUUUAAGUGUUUGUCAAAAGGUGCUGCUGAUUUUUUACAGAAACCUAUCCGUAAGAAUGAGCUCAAGAACCUCUGGCAGCAUGUUUGGAGGAAAUGCCACAUUUCAAGCUGUAGUGAAAGUGAAAGUGGUAUAUGGACUCAAAAGUCCAAAAGGUCAAAAAUUAGUAAGAAGCGGGACAAUUACAAUGAUGGUAGUGAUGAGGACAAUACUGAAAGCGUUGGUUUGAAUGCUAGGGGUGGAAAAGACGAUAUAAGUAGCACUCAGAGUUCCUGGUCAAAAAGGGCUGUAGAAGGUGGCAGCCCCCAACCUUCUCCCUGGAAUGAAUUAGCAGAUGCUUCAGAUAGCACUUCUGGCCAGGAAAUCCAUUCAAGACCCGAGGUGCUUAGGGUGCCUACAGCAUCUACAAUAAAACACUUAAAGCAGGAUGACGUGCUGGAUAACACAGCAAUGGGAAAAGAUUUGAAGAUAGGACUUCUGAAUCAUCCAGAUUUAGAACUCCAAGGCCAGAAAGAAGAAUUUGGCAGUACACUGGAUACUGAAAAUGACAAAUUUCUAGCUUUAUAUUCAGUUGAGGAUAGCAAUAAUUCCAAAAAGGAAAAGGUGGAGCUAAGGAAUGGGAAUUCCUAUCCUAUUGAUGCAACCACCGACAUUCCUAUACGUCUUAUGGUAAGUGUAGGCCACAAUUUUUCGAGUGACCUGUCUAGACUUACCAAUGACAAUAAUUCGUCCUAUGAUCCUAAGGAAAUGCCUUGUCUUGAGAUAAGUUUGAAACGAUUCAGAGACAUGAGAGAAAAUGGGACUCAUACUCUUCAGCAGAAUGUGUUGAGACGGUCAGAUGUUUCAGCCUUCUCAAGGUAUAAUGCAAAUACCACUUCUGUAAAUGUGGGCAGCUGGUUUCCAAUAAACAGUUAUUCUGAAGCAGCCAAGACAGGUGGCACGCCUUAUCAGGGUUCUAAUGGCAGUAGCCCCAACAAUGACAUGGGUUCCUCUACGACUAAAGCUUUUGCCAAGAAAGAAGGAAACAUUGAUAAGGCAAUGACUGAUCAUCGUAGUUCUGCUUCUCAGCCAGUGCAGCUAGGCAAUACAUUCGGUCAGCCAAUAAUACUGGACAACCCUGACACAGCAAACGCUACCUUGGCUCAAGAAAAGACGUUGGACCAACAGAAUAAAGUUCAGAACCACCACCACCAUCAUCACCACGACCACCAUUAUCGCCAUCGCCAUGUUAACAACUUACAACAACAGAAGCCCCUCAGCCAUGAUGAUCUGUGUUUGGAAAAUUUAACUGCAGUAGCUGCAAAUGGUGGACCACCUGAUAAGAUGGGCCAAGAAAUGGAAGGAAAUGCUAAUAACUAUGGAAGUGCAUCAAGAUGUAAUGGGCAGAAUGGAAGCAGUGGGCCUCGUGGGAGUGAUAAUAAAGCCAUUGUAGGUGCUGAUGAUGGAAGCGGCAGUGGAAGCAGGGGAGAGUAGAUCAAAACCGAUUGGCACAGAGGGAAGCAGUCUUUGAAUAAAUACCACUAUAAAAGAAAAGAAAUAUGCUUCGAAAAGAAGGUUCGGUAUCACCGGAGGAAGAGACUAGCAGAAGAAAGGCCAUGGUUAGAGGACAAUUUGUUCAACGAAUAACUGAGGAGGACAGAAUUCGAGCAGAAAAAGAGGACAGAAAGAGCCGAGUCAGCUGACCUCGUUAUGUGAAAUCGGCAUUAAUUGCGUAAUGAAGGAAGCACUUUAAUCCAUCUCUGGGGAUUCAGGUGAGGUGGAAAACAUAUUUUGGUAGAAAUAUUUCGGAAUAUGAACCUUGUUAAAUUUUGUGUAUUUUCUUACAUUGGCAUGUGGAACUUGCUGAUCUUCUCUUGCUCGAAACUCCUAGUCAGGCAGUUAAGGUCCUUUGCAAGACACGUUCUUCUCUAAUAAAUAUCUCAAUUUAGUGUGUUGAGUUCAUUUAGAAUCUAAUCUUUUUGGUACGAAAUUCUCGUGGUGAAUUGUACUUGACAUUAUUAAAGAAGAAACAUUAGUUAAAAUUU